AUGUCUGCCAGCGGCGGAAGCUGUCAUGGAACUUACGUAUCGGUCAAACCACCGCCGCUGAUUACGUUCAUCAAGAAUGUUCUGAAAGACUACCCAGAUGGUGGCCAAACCUUGAAGGAACUGCUUCAGAAUGCAAAUGACGCCGGCGCAACGCGUGUUCAGUUUCUACUGAACUGCGAACAGUACAGUGAUGGUGAUCUGAUUCACGCCAACAUGGCAUCAAUGCAAGGCCCUGCACUCUACGAGUACAACGAUGGCGUGUUUCGCGGGGGCGACUGGAAAGGGAUCUGUCGCCCGUCACGCAGCAAGAAGAAAAAGGAUGUGAUGAAAGUCGGACGCUUUGGCAUCGGCUUCAACUCAGUUUACCAUCUGACCGAUGUUCCAGCCAUCCUGAGUGGAACUUCCGUCGGCUUCAUUGACCCAAUCCUUUGCCACAUCAGAGACCCUUCUAGUACUGACACUGACAGCGAUGAUGAUGAUGAUUCUGACGACGACCAGACCAAUGCCACUAGUGCCAAGCGUUGUGUUAUGCAAGAACUGGUCAAAUUCCCAGUGCAAGGGUUUGCAGGAUCAUUCCCUGGCCAGGCAUCGACAUUCAAUGUUCUGGAGCAUCAACUCACUCCUUGCGAAGAGAGUUUCACCGGAACCCUGUUUCGCUUCCCCCUGCGCCAGGACCAAGACUCACUAUUAUCCAAGACCAUCUACAGUGAAGAGGACGUAGAGAAGAAGUUGUUCGCUUCUUUCCAGAAGGAGGCUGACAUAAUGCUACUCUUCUUGGCGAAUAUUCGCAGCCUCGAGCUGUUCAAGCAGCCACGCUCCAGUGCUGCUAAGCGUAUCAUGCAUGUCACCUAUACAUGUAUUGGAGAAACUGACUCUGACACUGAAAUGAGCCAGCGAUUACGCAACGCGAUAAAGUCCGAGACACUCACAACGCUGGAAAGUCGUAUGUGUGUCGCACUACACUCCAGCAAUGAUGCUUCAACCGCUCGAGAUUGGCUUGUGCGGCACACAGUUGGCUCGAACGAUGACAAGAUUUGGGAGAUCGCAGGCAAGCAGAAUCUUCACCCAUGGGUUGGCAUUGCAGCACCAAUCCAAGAUGAUGCUGAUUGGACCAAGCGCUGGCGGACAACGAGAUACGAGAGCAACUGCGGAGGCAAAGUGUUCUGUUUCCUGCCAAUCACACCAAUCGAGACUGGCCUGCCCGUUCACGUGCACGGCAAUUUUGCAGUUACCAGAGACCGACGUUCUGUCAAGUGGCCGUGCGCGGACAAUGAGUCGGGCGAAGCCAAAUGGAAUAUUCAACUUGUGCAAUCCUGCCUCAGCCCAGCCUAUGUAGACACGCUGAAGCGUUUGACGAACGACUGUCGUUUCACUGUACCUGACACGAUCCAGCCUGGUGCAGGUGAUGACGACGAUGACAAGCCGGUGUGCCGUGCGUACUAUGCAUGGCCCGACAUUACACGGGUGGAACGAAGUGAAAACUCACCCUGGAUGUUCAUGGUGCAGUGCAUGCUGCCUCUCCUGUUUGAAGAGAAGCUCCUGUGGUCAUGGGCAAGAGGUGGCUCCUGGCUGGCAGUCAAGGAUGCCUGGAUCAUGGAAGCCACGUGCAAUCGGGCCAUGCAAGCAGCUGCUGUGCAAACUGAACACAACAGAAUCGUCACGGACAGUGUUACCCAAGCUGUAUACGCCUUUCUCCUGGCCAUGAACGAACCAGUAGUUCUUCUGCCACCAAGCGUCAUGGCAACGCUAAGCAGCACCUCAGACGACGCUUUGAAGCAGACACUGGCAAGGCGCACCAUCCAACCCGCUUCUCUUCGGCAAAUCAUCCGCACCCUGCUGGAAUCUAGCCCAGCAUGCCAACAGUACAUGCAAGGCAAGCGAGAUGUUGCCAGUGCUAUCACUAGCUUCAUCCUGGCCGACUACAAAGUGGAUGCUAAGCUGUCACAGCAGGAGGCCGCCAGGAUAAUGAAGGACGUUGAGCUGCUAGCCGUCUUUCCCACACUGCACAAGACAACGGUGCGGUCUCUUAAUGACGGCUCGCCAAUAUACGCAACAGAGACUGCCAAACUUGUCCAGCUUCUACCUGGCCUGGAUGGUGCAAUGCUGGACACAGUAUCAUUGGCAAAAGUUGAUCAUGGCACUGCGGCUACUAUUGUCCACCUUGCUAAAUCCCUAGGCAGCAACCAUCCAACGUUUCAGUUGCUGCGCGAUGACCAUGUGCCGCAACUUCUCGUGCAGUCCAUUCAGACAUGGAGUCCGGCAUUCCAACGUGGCCACACAACAAGUAUAGCUUGGUCCGCCGAUGGUGCAGCAAACUACCCACCGCUAGCAUGGUUGGAGAAUGUGUGGAGUUGGUGCAGGGAUUCCAGCCUGACGAAGAAUUACCUUGACCAACUUGAAGGCUUGCCUCUCAUACCGGCAGUUGAUGGUCCAGACUCUGACCGUCUGCUCUGUCUUUGCAAGCAGUCAACAAUUGUCAGUGCAGGAGACAGAAUGGAGGACACCGUCAAGGAGCUGCUAACAGUGGCAGGGUGCACUGUCAUCCCCAGACCACCGGAGUUUGUUCACCGCGCUGGAAUCAUUGGACAAUACAUUCUACCUUUCCAACCCACUGCUGUCGUAAUUGCCCUUGUCAACGUGGUGAGGUCUUCAUCUGUGGAGGAGGUGAAUCGCCGUGUAGCCUCACUGUCUAUCCAUGCCUCGCAAGACCUACUUGCAUUCCUGGCAACAGUUUCACCUAACGAAUUCACUUCAGAUCAGAAGGAAUUGCUAAGGAAAUUGCAGAUCUACGUAUGCCACUCGUCUGGCCACACCAUGGAUCUUGUUAGCAGUGGUAAGCGGCACCCUCUUCUACCAAGAAACGUGCCACAAGCUGUGCUAAGUCUAAAGUUGCCAGUGGAGUUUGUGCGGCCUACACCAGACGGCAAAGAAGAGAGCCUGCUGGAGGCACUUUCAUGUCCCCAGCUUACGUGUGACGAGUUACUGGUUACAUGGCUUCUUCCAACAGUUACCUGGCCAGUGAAUAUCACCAUCCUCAACUUUGCUAUGGAACUGAUUGUGACGUCAAAACUGAAGAAGGAAUCUCUGCAGAGGAUCAGAACAAUGGCAUUUGUUCCCUGCUCACCGUCUCGCUACUCACUGGCAAGACCAACCGAUCUUGUUGAUCCGGAUGACGUCCUGGCACAGCUGUAUGACGAUAGUGAACACUGCUUUCCACACGUACCUGAGGGCAUCAAUGAAGACAACUGGCUUCCUGGACUGAGAAUGGUUGGCCUCAGGAAGGAGGCUGAGCUUACAGCUGAAACCAGGGUGGAAGUACUGAAGGACCGGGUAUCCAGUGUAUCUCGUAUCAUGACUGGGUCAGCGGGUCAAGAAGCUGCCAAGAAGAGAACCGUGAAUAUCAUCAAGUUCAUCUCGAGAUUGGACUUGGUGGCAUCGUGCGGGCAAUACAUACAAGAAGAAGCACGCUGCUUUAUGGCACAGCAACGUCCUCCAUCCGAUGACUACCCGGCCAUGCUACCGUGGUGUGGAGACGACAACAACAAGCUGUACACACCCGAGCAGCUAGUCGCCAUGCCUGAUAGAAAGCAAGCCACUCUCCUGGUUGGAAGCAGUGCUUUGCUGCUUGAUGUUGAUCUGUUCAAGGCCAUUGGUAGUGACGAGAAGGAUCUACUGGGAUUCGGCUUGCAAACGGUUCCAGAUCUACACAAUGUUGCUAUUCAGCAUCUGCUAGGGCUGGUUGAAACAUUGGAAUCACAGCCCCAGGAAAGUGUGCUGAGUGAGAGCAUGCGGCGCUACUAUGAUCAGAGCUGUUUUGAAGUGUACCGGUACUUGAAGGCAUUUCACGACAGAGAUGGAAGCAAGAGUAAGAGCAUCGUGGAACAAUACUUGACUGGCCGUGACUGGGUGUGGUUGAAUACUCGCGAGCAGUGCCGGUUUGUGUCACCGCACAGAUUGUUGUAUGACCUACCCAAGGAUAUACGGCCAGAGUACAUACAACCAUACCGCUACCAGAUGAGUGACGAAUGCAAGGUACCAGUGUUCCAGUCAUUCUUCAAGGCAUUUGGAAGCUCCGCUUGCCUUGAUGAGAAAGGCUUGGUGGAUAUUCUGCAUGAAGUGCGCGAUGAUGUUCCUGCUGGUGAACGAAUGUCUGACCGUCAACUUCAACUGGUGCUGGAUAUCAUCAGACAUCCAUCUAUGAUGUCUGAUUAUGAUGAUCAGGCUGCUGAGAGAAGUCUUUUACUGCCCACUUCGAAUUCAACUCUGGUUGAUGCAGAACACUGCAGGUUUUGUGACUGUAGCUUCUUGCUCUGCCCAAAAGGACAGUUUGAAUAUACCACUGUCUCUCAAUUCCAUUUGCUGCAUCCAGAUCUGGAUGAAUCCAUCGCCAAAAGAUACAACCUUGACGCCCUCAGCCUUCACAUUCUACCGUCAGACUCGUUGACCUGCACAGUGAAUGAAAAGCCUGUGCUGUAUUUUGAUGAAAUUGCCAGCAUUCACGAAUCAGACUCAGAGAUUAAGGCAAGCGAGGAGCUGUUCUUCAAGGAGAUGCUUCAAAAUGCUGAGGAUGCUGGCGCUACGCAAGUGCAAUUCACCUUGGACUGCCGUCAUAUUCCAGAUGUUCGUAAAAGAACACUGCUGAGUGAGGAGUUGAAGCAGUGGCAAGCUCCCACUCUAUGGCUCCAUAACGAUGCUGAGUUUACCGCAAAGGACUUGGGCAACAUCCGCCAACUCAAAACAACAGCAAAGCAAUCAAAUCCAUCCCUAAUCGGCCACAAAGGACUUGGCUUCGGCUGUGCCUAUCACCUGACAGAUGUGCCUAGCCUUGUCAGCCAAGAGCGUAUUAUCUUCUUUGAUCCUGCGGGCAAGAACUUUGGUGUAAGAUCUACUCUUCACCAGCCAGUAGUGCUGGUCGAUUUCAUCAAGCAUCAGGAAGGUGUCAGCAUAUUCGCUGACCAGUUCUCCACGUAUCAUGGAAUUUGUGAAUGCCAGGUGCUCUCUCCGACUGCAUGCAAGUACCCUGGCACGCUGUUCCGGUUUCCGCUGCGGAGCAAACCAAGUGAGAUUUCUAGCCACUGUCCAAGCACAGUCAAGCUUCGUGAUAAAUUGGCUGAGCUUGGUAAAAGCAUGGAUCAGCUGCUCAUCUUUCUGCAGCACAUCAAGGAAGUCACUAUUGACGUGAUCCAUGAGAAUGGCAACCAAGAGCUUUUGUGUCACUGGCAAGCUGAGGUCAAUCAGCACAUUGCUGGUGACCCACUGGCGGACAGGUUGCUCUUCAGCACAACACAGAGAUGCGACGGCAGCUGGAUUAGAAUGUGUGAGAACAUGGUGACUAUAAGCAGGAAAGGCGAAGUGCCUCCCUUCACCGUGUACAAGCUGAUCCUGACAGACAAGAUUCACUAUAUCACCAGAAACUGGCUUGUGGUUGGAAUGUUUGGUGGCAAUGCAAGUUUAGAAUCAGCAGAGAAGUUGAAAGCAGAGACUGGCAUUGCUCGCGUGCCCUGGGUAAUGCUUGCUGCACGAUUCAAUGGCAGACCACCUUGCAUUCAGCCAGUUUACGGAGAACUUCAUAGGGCUCUUGCAACGUCUAUUAGCACACGUCUUCCGCUGCAUAUUAGUGCCUUCUUUCAGCUGUCAGCGACAGGGCCAAGCUUAGAGGAACACCGUGCUGCUGGACAGUGGAACGCUAGCCUUCUAAAGAAUGAUGUUCCAAAGGCGUAUUCUCUUUUGGUGUCUGGCCUGAAGGAACUCAUUGAGCGAGAACAUACAAAGAUGACAGAUGAUGUGGCACGCACAGUGUAUUCUGUGCUCCCCCUUACUACGCUUGAAGGCAAUCCAUGGACAGAUCUGCAACGCAAUGUACUUAAGGAGGUCACUUCCACCGUCCCAUUCCUGUGGACAAGCGUUGGGCACGGCCAGUGGGUAAAAUUGACUUCUGCUACCAUCCUAGAUCGGCAGUUGUUCCACGAUCAACGCUUAGCAGGCUUUGUGAAGGAUGUUUUGGUGACCAUUGGUGACAGUUAUGUGGGCGACAACACUGGUGGUGCUAAUGAAGACUUGCUCAGCAGAAUAUUAGAUCUAUCUGGUCGAAAGAGUUGUGCACUCACGUGUCAGAGCUUCUUCCGUGACAAGUUCAUGAGUAACCUGCUUAGUCUGACUGAUGAGCAAGUGGACAACGGGCUCAAGAUGUUGAUUAGACUCGGGCGAGACCAGCCAGACACAUGCAGCUGGAGUGUCCAACUUCUGAAAGUCAAUAAGUGUGUUCGAUCUCAAGCUGGACAGCUCUGCUUCCCAGAGGAGUUGAUUGACCCGUACACCAUAGACAAACGCAUCAGGACCGUCUUUAAAAAUUGUCCCAGCAUGCGGCCAUCGGACACAUUACGGGACAUCAGCGGAUUUCUAAGCGAGAAGAAGCUUUUGCUUUCAGCGGUCGAAAACCUGCCUGUCAGCUUACUACUUCAAGCAGCUAAGUACCUGGCAGAGUCUUCUACUGAUAGUUUGGAUAAGCAAGCUGUAUCUUAUCUGUGCGGCAUCAUAGCUGAAAGGAUCAGGGAUAAUUUACCUGGAAAUCAGUUUUUACAAGACCUGCGCACGGUGCCAUUUCUACCAGUUAUGCAAAGGCCCGGUGACUGGCACUUACCAUGGAAGGCUGAAGAAUCCCCUGUCUUUGUUGCUAGCAUUGCCGAUCUAGUGCCGAAGUGUCAAAGGGCAGUUGGUUCAGUGGCACUUCUUGUGGACAUUGAUCCUGAUGUAGAAUGCUCUUGGCUUUUCAGUCAAUGCUCCCUGGACACGGAUUCUCCUCCGUCGCUGGAAGACAUGAAACAACAGAUUCAGGUACUGACGGCUAUUGCUGCGGAGAUUCCAGCGCAUGAUAACCAGCGGAAGAGUCUGGAGGUGCUAGAAGUACUACUAAAUGUUGGUCGCUGCAUGGACCGUAUCUAUGGAUUCAUGAAGCAGCAUAUGGACAGCAAUACCGAUCAGUUUGAUGCAUCUGGAUUUGGUGACAUGACUUGCAUUUGGAGUGAUCAACACGCCAUGUUUAAGCUUCCCUGUGAAGCUGCAAUGUCUGCACCUGAGGGUUACCCAGACCUCAUGCCAUUCCGAUUUAUUGUUGAUCAGGGACAUAAACACACCGAUGUCUUCAGCCGCCUGGGUGUCAAGGUCACACUGGAUAUGACUGAUCUGCAUGCAAUUCUGUCCAGCCUCCAUGCCAGCUAUCAGGACGAGAAAGGACAGAGAACGCCGUUGUCCGAAGAGCAUCGUGAUCUAGCCAUCAAGUUGAUUGAGGUGCUGCACAAGUUGAACGCACUAACAUUGGUGCCUGGUGGCGAACUGCUCCUUCCCACCAUGAAGGGACUGAUGCUGCCAGCAAUUGAGUGCACCUACAUUGACAGAGAGGAGUUUUCUGAUCUGCUGCAGGGGACUGGUAGCUGGACCGAGCUAUGGGACAACAUUGUCCACAGCAGACUGGCCACUAUUGCUCACGACCUAGGAGCUGAAUCUCUCAGUACAAGAAUGCUGCCAUCAGAAAGCAUGGAGUAUGAAACGGAUGAUUUGGAAUUUGAAAGCGUAGUAUACGGUCAGGAAUUGACCGAUCGCCUUGCCCAUAUCUUGGAAGACUACCCUGCAGAUGAAACGAUUGUGAAAGAGCUCGUACAGAAUGCUGAUGAUGCUGGUGCCGGGAGCGUGAAGUUUGUUCUUGAUUGGCGUGAUUGGAGACAAGGGACUGGCGCUUUGCUGAGCAAGGAGAUGAGAGAAUGGCAAGGGCCAGCCUUGUUAGCAUACAAUGAUGCUGCGUUCACCGAAAGUGACUUCCGCAACAUCAUGAAGCUUGGUGGUGCAACAAAGAAGGAUGAGCCUGACAAGAUUGGUAGGUUCGGGCUCGGUUUCAGUUCUGUGUAUCAUUUGACAGACGUGCCUAGCUUUGUUAGUGGCAACUACAUAGUUUUCUUUGAUCCGCACGCCAAGUAUCUCGGGUCUCAACGUGUCAGCAAGCACACGCCAGCAAUGAAGAUCAACUUUGUGCGCAAUCCCAAAGGUCUGGAACCGUUCUCUGAACAGUUCAAGCCCUAUCACAACAUCUUUGGUUGCAACAUGAACGACGCGUACGAAGGCACACUGUUCCGGCUGCCACUGCGCAGUCCGAACACGACAAGCGAAAUCUGCAAAACAUCCGUGGACAUCCGGGACGUGUUCAAGAAGUGCUGGAGCAAGCUGUCUGACAUGAUUCUAUAUUUGCAGUGCGUGCGACAGAUACAGGUCUACGAGAUCCGCUCAGAUGACUGUGAGCCAACGCUUCUCUUUGCUGGGCAAUCCACGAUUUGUGGCGAUGAGCCGGCAAAGAUUCCUGAGUCUAGGCAAGAUCUGCGCAGACUGCACGAAAGGUUUGGUACCAAUGUAUAUAACUAUAUCGCCGCUCAACACACUGACAAGCUGACUUGGUCCACUGCAAGAAUUGAAGUGAGCACAACAAUAACAUCACGUGGGACUCAGAGCUUCAACAACGUACCGGCAUCUACUUCCAAUGGCAUAGAAACAACACAAGACUGGUUGAUGUGUGCAGGACUUGGCACAUUACAGUCAAAGGAGCUGACCAUGGUUGAAUGCAGAGAAAACGGUCUGGUGCCAUGGGGUGGCUGUGCAAUCAAGUGGAACGCUGCCAGUGAUAUUGCUGAACCUGAUCUUUCAGGGAUUGCCUACUCGUUCUUGCCACUGCCAAUUGCCACAGGACUGCCAUUCCAUCUGAAUGCUUGCCUAUCCAUGGCCACAGACCGCCGGAGCUUGGAGCAUACGAAUGAUGGCAGUCUGAAGACACGGUGGAACGAAGCUGUUUUGUCCGAUGUCAUUCCACACACUUAUCUACACUUGCUGGAAAGUAUUGCCACACAAUCCUCACAGGAAGAACAGCGCAGAGUAUUUGGACUCCUGUUUCCUAAACUUCACGACUCCUCGACGUUCUCCUAUCGUGCGUGCAUCGUGGAAAGCUUCUAUGACAAAGUGCUGAGUGACGGCAACUUUGCAGUAUUCUGGUGUGCUUCUCAGAAGCGAUGGAUUACAGGGAAAGAAGCGCUGUUCCUGGUGGACUACGAUAUGUUUGGGGAUUACUACCCGGAUGCUGUGCAGCUUCUAGAUAGUCUCAACAAACCUGUUGUCGAGCAGCCGCCACAUGUACGUCAAGCACUGAGGGAGAUGCCCGCAGAUGUCAGCGACAGCCAUGCCAGCCAUGCGAUGACCUAUCGGCAGUUCUACGAAGAUGUACUGGCCGAAUGUGCGACUGCUGCCAACACUAGCAGGCCGGACGUUUUGAAGGCGUACACACGUUUGGUUCAAUGCCUAGUUGACAGUUACACGCCAACGCAAAAUGACUGGUGUCUGGAGCUGCUGUGCAGCAAGCUCAAGAUUCCGACAAGCCAUGGCUCACUGAGGAUGGCAAGGCAACUGAUAGACAGCGAUAACCCAGUCCUGAACGACCUGUACAGUGCGGCAGAUGAUGACUACUUCCCUGACGCGUCACUGCUAGCCAGCAAGAACAGAGAUACUCUUCUUCUUCAAGCCGGCUUAAUAGACGGGCAGCUACCGAUCGAGUAUGUUAAGGAGCGGGCUGAGUCUGUACCCCACUUGGAGCGUGCUGCAGCCCUCCAGCGGUGCAUUUCCAUCCUGCAGUAUUUGAAGUACCUGAAGGACAUCUCCAAGGGAAAGGACAGUAGUGCACUGGUGAACACAGCACAGCUGCUCAUCGCCUGCCCAAUUCUGCCUGUAUCGCAAGGCCUGCCUACCUAUACGUUUGACUGCACAGGAAGCCGCAUGCCAGGGAUGUACUCCGCUAAGAGCAUGUAUCGUCAGCAACACAUUCACAUCUGCGGCUCACAGGAGUUGCUUCUUGACGAAGCCUUGCUCAAAAAGGACCUGGCCAUGACAGAUAGUCAGUUCAAUGAAAUCAUGGCCCUUUUGGAGCUGAAAGACAAGGUGCCGUCAACUUCUUCCAUUGUGAGGCAGUUCACUCACAUUGUAGCAGCAACGACGAGUGACGACAACGUGCGAACAGACAAAAGCAUCUCAACAACGGUCAUGAAAGUGUGCAGUGAACUGGGUGCCAGGUUAAAGCAGCUAACUAGGGAUGAUUUGCCAGAGAAUUCUGUGUGGAUCAAGGAUCAGCACUGCUUUGUUGAGCCGUGCAAAGCAGUUCAUAUCCUCACCAAGGAGAAUAGGUGGUACACCAAGCUGCUUCCUUACUGCUACGUUGUCAACGACCUUAGCACGGGCAAUCAGCCACUGCCAGUGAAAGCACGGGGUUUCUUUGAAUGGCUAGGUGUCCGGGACAAGCUUGGCGCCGAUGAUCUGGUGGCAAUAGUUCGGCGCAUACGUGCAGAACUACACCAAGAGCUACUCAGCGACGAGCAGCUUGAAAUAUGCCAGUGCCUACUGCGGCACCUUGCAGACAUGGUACGCAAGGAACCAGGCACGUGCACUGCUGUUAGUGGCAUCCUCCUGCCUACAAUGUCAAAGCACUUGAUCGAGCCUAGAUCUUGCACGUACCUCGACUCGGAUUUCUUUGACUCAGAAUUACUGAGCAAUAGUGGACAGAUGCACAACUUGGCACGGCUGCCUGCAGAAGCAGCGCGAACUCUAGGAGCUGAGCCUAUGACCAAGCAUCUGCUCAACCGCAAACCACUGGGCUUCACAUACAACAGAAAGGGACAGGCAGAGCCACUGACAAUACGCCUGCGCAACCUGCUGCGUGAGUACCCAAUGGGCAUAACCGUGCUGAAGGAGCUCGUGCAGAACGCAGAUGACGCCGGAGCAAGCCGAAUCACGUUCCUGCUCGACGCCAGGCACCACGGCACAGAGACUCUCUUCAAUCCAGGCAUGGCUGAGUGGCAAGGUCCUGCACUGCUGUGCUUCAAUGAUGCCAAGUUUGCGGAGAGAGAUUUCCGGAACAUACUGCGCUUGGGCGGUGCAACGAAGCUGGACAGUCGAGAGAAGAUAGGCCAGUUUGGAUUGGGUUUCUCAUCCGUUUACAACCUCACUGACGUUCCUAGCUUCAUCAGUGAUCGGUACCUGGUCUUGCUGGACCCUCAUGCUGAAAACCUGGGGGAGCUCGUCGACAUUGGAAAUCCCGGCAUGACAGUGGACUUUGUCACUCAGCAAUCUCAGCUACAGAGCUUCAAGGACCAGCUGGCGCCAUACGACAACAUCAUGGGAUGCCGUGUGCUGGGUGACAACCUGCAACCAUAUGAGCAUACCUUGUUCAGAUUCCCCCUGCGAACGGAGGCCACGGCGAAACGCAGUGACAUUCGGGAAGGUCAUUCCACCACCGUGGAGGAGAUCAAGACGGUUCUCCUAAAUGAACUUUGCAACGAAGCAGAGAGGUUCCUGCUCUUCCUACAGAGUGUUGGUGAGAUAUCCGUGCACAUUAUCGAUGACAACUGUAAGCUAUCUGCAGACCAAGUAGACGCUACUCAGGUUUUCUCAUGCAGAGUUACAGAGAUUGAUCCCAUUACCGAUAACGAUGGGUGCUGCCGGACCGCUCUCGAAUGUCGCCGAGCGAUGAAGACAUGGGUUGAGGGCUACAGCUCGAAAACCGAAGCAGCUUGCGCAUACACCAAGCAUCAGACGCAGCACCUGCUAACGAUGGAAGCCGAGUACAUGCAGACACGUGAUCAUGCCAGGCGAAAUUCCCAGUGGCUAAUCAGUUGUGGCAGUGGACACGGUCGUGCCAUUGCUGGUGCUUCCACAGCAGAAGGCAGGGAAAAGCGCGUCGUACCUUGGGGAGGUGUUGCCAUCAAAUUGAAUGGCGACAAAACAAUGCAGCGCCCGGAUCCUGGCAAGGUCUUCUGCUUUCUACCGUUGCCCCAAUCACAACCGUUUCCAGUUCACAUCAACGCGUUCUUUGCAGUGGCCAGCAGUAGGCGAGACAUCGAGCACGCUGAUGAUGAGAAGUUUGGAAGCCAGUGGAACAAGAGUCUUCUUGAAGACCCAGUGACCAGCUCUUACCUGAAAGCCCUGUUCCACUGGACUCGCCUGGCUGGACUAGACCGGUUGCAGCAGAACGACAUGUUGCUGAGUGCAAUGCCUCACCUCCAGGAUAGCACCUUCUGGCAAGCCUUGCCGAUAUCGUUCCUGCAUCUUCUAUUGGACACAAACGCACCGGCUUUGUUUUGGCUGCGGACAAAUGGUGGCGGCGAAUGGAUGAAUGCUGCUUCGAUUAAGUGGGUGGAUUGCAAGAAGUUUCGUUCACAUGCAACGUCUGCAAUAACUCUACUCCAGGCACUAGAGAUACCAGCGCUGGCCUUGCCAGAAAUGUACCGGAAGCAUAAGGAGGAGUUUGAUGUGGUCGACUUUCAGACAUUCUACAGAGACUACUUCUUCUGCGAGGGUGAGCGAAUACCGAACGAGAGUCAUGCACUGUUCCUCAAACUUCUUCUUGAUCAAAAAGAGGACUGGAGUAGAGAGCUGCUCAAAUCUGAGAAGUGCAUUCGGUCAAGCUCAGGAGAUAUGGUUGCAUGCAGCCAAGUUGUGGACCGAAAGUCACGCUUGUCCCAGUUGUACUUGGAGGACGAUGGGAAAUUUGCUGCAAAAUGCUAUGAAUUUGAGCCAGAGCAUCUUCUUGUCCUUCAGCAAUGUGGCAUGAUUCACGAGACACUGCCCAAUGAGGAGAUCAUUGGGCGUGCAAAGUCAGUUUCGGAUGCAAGUCCUGAAUGUGAAAAGGAUCGAGCUUGUCUGUUGCUGGAGUUGCUAUCAACACCAGGAUAUAUUGAGCAAAUCAGCACAAUUAAAUCUGAACUGCAACACAUUGAGUUUCUCCCGGUGGCGCCGAAACCUACCACAUACCACAUGUCUUGGGCUGGUGAUGGUCAAUCAUUCGUCAGUGCCGCCGAGUCACAGACUAUGGAGUUCGUAAACCUGGCAGGAUCAGUCAAACCACUGGUUGAUUUGAAUACCGGUAAACAUCAUUCACACCUGGCCAAAUGUUUGGGCUACUCCACACCUACACUGAAUACAGUCCUCGAGCAGCUGGACAUAAUGUUGUCAGAGAACAAAGAACUCCAGGAGCGUAUUGAAGAUGAAGAAAUGGUCUUGCAACAGCUGUGCAACCAACGGGCUACAGUGCAGGAGCACAAGCUAGCGUUUCUCCAGGACGCAUCCACUGACAUCUAUACGUACCUCAACACUGCAGCAGAAAAAUCAGAUGUGUCAAAGUCCACCGAAGUAACCGCACAAGCGAGCACGAUAAAGGGUUUCUUAUGCUCAAGAGCCUGGUUUUUUCACCUUGGGCAUUUUGUUCGUGCUGAGACGCUAAACUGCCGGUCAAUAAGAAGGAUGGGACCCCAACUGAACCACCCUCCUUUCUUCAACUCCGUCAGUGUCGGCCACAGGUCGUCCCGGAAUCUUUGGCAGUUACUUGAUAUCACGGAUAAAUAUAGUCCUGAAUAUAUGCUGAGGGUCAUGUCAAUAAUCUAUGAAGUGUACAACACAACAUCAGUUGCAGAAGACGCCAACAGGUCUGCUGAGUACAAUAAUCUGUGCAAACUACUGUGUCAACUAGCCGAGUUGCUGGUGGAGGAACAAGAAUUCCACGAGGAGUUUCCAUGCAAGAUUGUCCUGCCGGCCAAAAACGGGCACUUGUAUUACUUGGGGGAGCUGUCCUACAAUGACACCCCCUGGCUGGAUGGAACUGAGGAGCAGCUAACUUCCGAUGGCUCGCUUCUUGUCCUUGCUCAUCCCUCUAUCUCAUGGCAUCUGGCAGAGAAGUUGAGCAUGGAACGGGCUGCGAGCAGACUGGUCAAAUCUGAAGGUCUAGAUUUUGGCUUGGAGUUUGGUCAGCAGGAAAGGCUGUGCGAUCGUCUCGCCGGCAUUCUGGAGAAGUACCCAUCGGACGUUAGCAUUUUCAAGGAGCUGAUACAGGAUGCCGACGACGCAGGUGCAACUGCCAUGCACUUCAUUCUGGAUAAACGUGCAGACUAUCCCAAUAAGAAGCUGCUAAACCCUAACACGGAGUCAUGGAAACAACUUCAGCGCUGCCCAUCACUCUGUGUGUAUAACAACCGGUCCUUCACGGACAAGGAUAUCGCAGGCAUUUCCAAACUUGGGAGUGGCAGCAAAAGGGAUGACAGUGCAUCGACAGGAAGAUUUGGAAUAGGGUUUAAUGCAGUGUACCAUCUCACUGACUGCCCUAGCUUCUUGUCUCGUGGAGACAAUGGUACAAACCUUUGUUUCUUUGAUCCAUUGCUGGAAUUUGAGCCUUCUGCCACAUGCUCCGAACCCGGCCGAUGCUUCAAUGUGACCCCAGAAAGAGAGGAACAGUUCUGUGACCAGUUCUCACCCUACCUGGGAGAAGUACUGGAGGAUGCAGGGGCAACCGUCAGUGAGUCCACAGUGUUUCGUCUUCCACUGCGAGGCCAUUACAAGACUAAAUGCAAGAUCGGGAAGGAUCCGAAGGAAUGGACUGUACUCAAGAUUGAACGUUUGUUCAAUCAGCUGGGUGUGCACGGCGUUGAGCUGCUACUUUUCUUGAAAAAUAUUGUUUCAAUUAAAGUUUCCGUUCUCACAACGACUGCAGGUAAUGUGUACACUGAGACACUGUACCACAUUAGCCGAACGAACAUGCGUGAUGAGCUAUCGGGUCUAGCACGGCACGCGUCUGGGAAAGAUUGGCGUCAACAGACGUUUGUUUGUUCGCAGCAAGAAACGUGUCUGCAAACUCAUGGUCCAAGUGUCCGGAAAGAACAGUGGCUGAUGAUGCGCUGUUCUGGUGUGGAUCUCACGCAGCCUCCACUUACCAAGGUGCAAGCAAACCUGAGCACGGAUGAAGCCAUCAAGGAAGGUCUCCGUCAUGGACUGUCACCACAGGCAGGUGUUGCUGUAAGGCUCUCCGUGCCGUCAUCUCAAGCCGGCGAGGAGAAAUGUAGCGACGGCAAAGUAUUCACAACGCUUCCCACACAAAUUCAAUCAGGAUUUCCAGUUCACGUCAAUGGUAACUUUCUUCUGGAUGACUCACGCAAGCACCUGGACAAUGUGCGCUCUGGUGCUGGAGGAAUUCGUGCAUGGUGGAACGAUUGGCUAAUUGCCAGUGUAGCGUUACCUGCCUAUCUCCAGCUACUCUCAGAAGCUCGUCAAUUUGUCACCUCGUGUCACAAUCAACCCAGUGAAACUGGAGAUUCCAGGACAGAUGCCGGGCCAACAACAACGAACGUACGUACGUCUAUCGGACACCGUGGAGACGUCUUCCAGACAUCUGCACCGCGCCAAACUAUGGUAUCUGCGUCCCUGGACUGGUAUUACUCUCUAUUCCCACGGGCUGGGGGUGCAAAGGGAGACCAGUGGAAACUGCUCUGUCAUCUUCUGUAUGAGGAGCUCGCUAAGCCAGCGUGGAAGGUUUUGGCCAGUCACCAUGCCGACCCAGCCAUAUGGGAACCGUGGCGACCCUGUACUGGACCGGAGUUAGGCGUGUUUCAUAGUCAGAUGCAUAGAAAAGAAGCAAAGCAGGAGCUAUUCCUGCUUGUCGUUGGUAUUGAUGUUCCAUUGACACAGGCACCAUAUUGGCUGUUGGAAGAGUUCAAUGCAAGCACUGAGCAUAAGGACAGCACCAGUGGAGGUCAGGCCAUGAGUACACAUGUCUUUGCGUAUCAUGGUGCCCACGCCGGUCCUUCUGGAGCAUCACAUCAGCAAGAACAUCCGCUGGACUCCCUAAAGCAAUCCAAUGGAAGCUCACAGAAGACACGGGAGGAUGUCGCCACCAAGAUGUCACCAAAAUACCUGCGAGCAUUUCUCCGUCACAACGCAGCCAAGCUUAUUAAGGACCAGGUCCUUGGAAGAAACGAGGCCAAUCCUGUCCAUAUCAGCUGGAUUCUAAACUACUGCCUUUCUUUGGCCCCUGGAAUAGAAGCUCCGCCAGAUAAACACCGGGCUGAGUUUGAUAAAAUAGCAACAGGCCUCCCACUGCUCCUUACGCAGUCCAACAAACUGAGAAUAUUCAGCGAGGCUGAGCCAGCGAUACUGACCAAGUUUCCUUCACUGAUUGCUGACCGCUUGGACACUGUGGUGAACAUUGAACUUCUAUCACUGUGCAAAGUCCUGCAACAACUGUUGUCUCUGGAAAAAUCUGGAUGUACAAGACUAUUAUCUCUGGGUGAUAUAGCAAGCAGUGUGCCCACAUUGCACAGUUGUCUAAUCCGAGGAGUAGCAGUGUGUCAUCAGCCUGAAGAAUCCUUAACAGACUGGCUAUCCAGUUUAUGGCAGUACAUCCUAGCCAAUCAGCAGCAAUGCACGUGGGAUGCCCUUGCCGCGGCACUACCCAACGUGUGCUUCAUCUCGGCAGUCAGCGUUCAAGGAGAUGUAUGUGUUGAGCUGCUUGUGUCGCCGCAGAAAGCUGCACGAAUCCUGAAGUGCGGCGGCGACAGCAGUAUCCGACCCGACACUCUGCUCUCGGGCCUAGCCAAGCUGGGCAUGUACUUGCCAUCAACCAAUCACAUAUCACUGGAAGAGCAAGCUGAUGCGAGCGAAACCUUCAGCACGAUUGCGGCUGGCUGUACUGCAAAAGAUGACAUGGACAGGUUGAUCAAAGAGCUAGCGCAAGUAGACUUCUCAGCCCUGGGUAACAAACUCACAGCUGGUGAAGCUGACAAAGUGCUGAGGCACUUCAUUGACCUGUGCCGGGAACAUAAAUCUGGAAUUCCAAUGACACCUAGCGGCUAUAGAGAUGUGUCAGACUCCCAGCGUAUGAUUCUCCGCCAUCUUCCAAUCUAUCCUGCAGUUGGCGGCAAGAGAGUGCAACUUGCAGGAGUUGCGGAGUUUUUCCAGCUGGAUGACGAAUUGCCCACCGCCGGAUAUGACAAGUGGUGUCAAGAUCGGGAUAAGUCUGUGCAAGUUCUUGAGCGACUAGACUAUUACACUGAGUCUUUUCUGACGGAGUGCCUUGGUCUUCGGAAACUUAGUCAAGUGGAUGUUCUCACCAAGUUGAUCAUCCCGGCACUGAUGCUAAUGACUGAAGGCGACCGUGUUGAACACUUGCGAUGCAUACAGGAUAAGAUACUUCCUAUCCAAGAUGGCGCUGGGAGGACCACCGUUUUGACAAGACUGAAGCCAGUUCCAUUUGUGACUGCAGCAGAUGGUCAGCAGAGAGUAGCCAGUGAACUCUUCAAACAUGACACAGUGUUUGAUGCAUUCGUAGAUCCUGGUUUCUUCGCCAACGAGUUUUGGCAUGGUAACGAGUGGUGGCGCUAUGACCGCAUGAAGCUUCUGCAAGAACUUGGAUUAGCUGCUACAGUCAACUACAGCCGGUUCAUUGACCUGGCCAAGAGCAUCGAGUACACCUGGUGUGGUGGGCAACCAGCACGCGGUUUGAAGAGUUUGUCGGUGGAGGAGGGUGUUGCAGCCGGCAAGUUGCUAAUCGCCACAUUCAAUAGCCUUGCCAGGCAAAGUCUAUUGACUAUCCAAACUCAACCUCCAAACCACGAUAAGGAUCACAAAGCCCAGCAGGAGAAAAAAAUCCGGCUUGCAAAGAACUUCAUGAGAAAUGUCUCCAGUAUCAAGUUCGUCUUCCCAGUGGUGAAGCAGGAUUUCUUACCCAAUCUGCUAAGUGACUCAGUUCAGCACCUGGAACAGUAUAGCAGAACCGUCCCAGUCUCACUGAGCGAAGCAGUACCGUACAAGUGCUACAACAUUGCCUGGACUGUGCAACCAGUCAGCAGCAAGAAACUCGAGCUCGGCAGAGAAACCUGUGCGCAUCUGGAAAUCAGCCAUGAACCAGAUGUACGUGUUGUUCUGGCACAUUUCUGCCACUUGAUGCAGGCAUUCACAGCUAGAACAUUCACUCUGAGCCGUAUUGCCGAUGGCUGUGAGCAGGAUCGAGAACACCUCAAGAACAUUAUCACGCAACUGUAUACGUACCUAAAUGCCAAGUGUCAACAGGCGGAUAUGUACGCGAUUAAGAUACGAGAGAUCUUGCAGGACAAGCCAUGUAUACUCGCUGAUGACAACAAGCUACUCUUGCCUCCUGGGCAAGUAACCAGAGACAGCUUGCAUGGCAUUCGGACAGAGCCGUACCUUUCAACGCUGCCCAGAGGCUGGGAGGCUUUCCCGCACUUGAUGUCCAAGAAGUGUCUCCACAUUUCAGAUACUCUCACAGCUGAGCAAUGUGCUCUUGCUCUCCGGCUUAUCAAGCAAGCAUAUCCGUCUGAGAAGAGCACGUUCCAUGUAACACAUGAUGCCAAUGUCUAUCAGCUAAUUCGUUUCUGCUUCCUGGAACUAGUCAGAUGCAUCCGAAGCAACAAAAUCCCAUCCGUAUCAUCAGCUGCUAGCGUGGCCGUAACAAAUGCUCCCCAACCUCCAACUCUUGGUGAAAUAUUCCUCCCAGCAGUGAUCCGCCAAGCAAUGAAAGACGAGAACUAUGCCACAAUCAGCCUUCUCAAAGUGGCUGAUAUUGUGAUGAAUAAUAGACGGUACUAUUUUCGAAGAAUGACUGCUUUCAACGAGCUGCAGUUUCUGGCCACCUAUGUUCAAAAGGAACUAGAAGCAGAAAUGGCCAGGGACAUCGGCGUACAACUACUGUCAGAGGUGGUAUCGGAGGAUUUUGACGAUGACGAGAUUGACCGUACUGAAAACGUGAUCUAUGAGUACAGUGAUGGUAUGGUAGAGCAAAGACCAGACGAGUUACACGCUGAACUGUGGAACAGGCUUGACCUGCUGAAAUCGCCGGAAUUCAGCCACGGCAUUAGACGUCUGCUGAAAGACGGAGGAAACGAUCCCAGGAGUUGUGAUGACAAUUUGGUACAGCUCUGGAGCGCCCGGGUCGUGGUUGUGCGUAUGAUUCAGACCAUUCUCAAGUACAAUGGACGCACCAUUGAAGGCAGUGAGCAAAACCAGUCAUGUCACUACAAGAUCCAUCCCCGCCUUGCCAUCUUCAUCCGUAAUGAGAUCACACAAGAUCCCGCCGAUCAAUACUUUCUCAUGAAGCAGCUUGCAGAGAAGAUCAGUGAUGUGUUGUGUGACAAGAAGCCACUUCUGGAAAUUAAACAUCUCACAACAAUAUUGUUCUGUGCCAGUCCAAGUGACAUCGAAGAUGCCCUGACGAGAGAGGAUAUAGCUGAGUACAAUGAUGAGUCGAUUGCAGGUGUUGACUACUCGUCACCACCUCUUGGUGAAGAGGUUCCGACUGACCUUGAUUUGUUUGAUCCGUCUGAGAAACCAGAAGAGCUGUACUUUGGACAAUCUGAGCUGGUGGUCUUCCACAAUGACCAGGAAGAUGUUUACAUACUUGCGAAAAUCAUCAGAGAAACAACUCCACCUGGUACCAGUAACCUUCUUGCCCGAACAUUCCUGAUCGAUAUCGGUGCAGGCAGCGAGAAGAUUGUCAGCGUGAAUGACUUGUAUCGCUUCACGAGUGCACUAGACCGCCAGCACACGGCUGCCACUCAGAUGGCAAUAUUCACCGGAGUACCUUCAGCCAGGGUCCGAGGGACCUCCACACGUGCUGACCAAUCCAGCCAGGCUAGCCAGGACAGUGAACUGAGCAUGGACGAGGCAGGGGCAAAGAUCAAAGAAGAUCUGCGUGCGGUGUUUUCCGUCAAAGAUGCAGCAGAGAGAAAGAAGGUGUUCCGUCGCAUGCAGAUGAGGUGGCAUCCUGACCAGCAUCCAGGACAGGAACCUUUGUACACCGAGGCAUUCCAGUACUUGAUGAAUCUUCACGAGCACGUGUCCAAAGGUGGAUCCAUUGACAGCUUUGAUUGCAGGAUGUCCAGCGGGGCAUCCCGCAGCAGCCGUGACUGGGACACUGGCGAUUUGUUCGGGCGCUUCCGUAGAGGCUGGCAUUCCUCCUCACACUACUCCGGAUACACUGGAUCAUCAUCAUCAUCGCAUCGAUGGCGAGGCUCAAGAGGAGGGCAUGGUUAUCACUCAUUCUUCCGGCAUGCGUCAUCACACUACGCUGGCUCAUCACGUCCGGGCUGUAGAAGCAGAGUGGAUGCCAGGCGCUACCUCAAGCAAGCAGAGUCGGAUGUGAUACUAGUGCAAGAGCAGAUUCUAAGCAACAUGCCUAAGAACAAUGCACUUGCCUGCUUCGUUGCCCAGCAGGCCGUGGAGAAGGCGCUGAAGGCAGCUCUGUAUGUUGCCGAGUGUGGUUUGACAGAGGAGAACCGCAGCCUUAAUGAUGUUCUGACCCUCGCUCUGCACCUUCGCCAAACAGCAGGCUGCGAGGGAUUACUUGAGCACGCGAAAGUCGUUUCGCCGUACUAUAUACCAACCCGCUACCCAGACGCAGCUCAUGCCCAAUGUCCGUGUGAGAACUUCUCUGCCGAUGAUGCACAAAGGGCUCUGCAAGCUGCCGAGCAGACUGUUGCCAUCGUCAACAGAUUCGUACAGCCUCGGCUCUGAAUUCACUCAGCACCAACAUAGUAAGAUCUUCACUUCAAAGACUGUUGCGAGAAUGCUCCCACUAGUGAUCUCGUACAGAAAACAGCAAGUGAUGCUGUACUGUCUUGCAGUCGAUGUGAACUCCACAUCGGUCCAGGUAUUGUAAUUGAUUAUACCGCAUGGCUUCCAUGGUUUAUCGUCUACUUGAUACUUGUUACCAAUGAAUACUCUUGCUACUUUGCUUGUGCUUCUUGUUUUGCAUUGUCCCAGUCUAUCGCAUUCCGUACUCAAUGAUCAACUUUUAAACUUAUUUUCCCCGCCAUGGCACUCUACGGACACAUGGACGCAGGACUGAACUGCGCGGCUGAAUUAUUCAUCUACUGGUUUUGCAUAUCAACUUGUAAGAAGUUUCUGUGUAGUUAUUUCACUUUUCAUAGCUCUAAUUAAACUACUGUCUCCAUGCGGAUUAUUAAUUUUGGUUUUGCAUGGGUAUGCAUUUCUGGCUACUGCCACAGUUUCUCCACUGCCAUGGCGUGACAAUUACUAUAAAUGCGUAUCACAGGCACGUGACACAGCUACAUCUAUCCAGUGGCUUGUUUUGGUUCGUUUUCAGUCUUACUCAUCUACGGAUCAGCGCUCGGUAAACGGCACAAUUUCCCUGUUGUAUUUCACAGUGCUGCGUCGAGUAGAAGUAUAAGCCUAACAGUACCUGUACACGGAAUAGGACAGAACAGAACAGUUUUCGCGGGCUUGUUGACGACGGAGUGUCCACUUUUCUGCCUUCCGCCAUAUUUUCUGCACCGCGGUGCACACGAUAAUUAUGUGCAUACUGUAUGCACAUGUGUGAUUCUGUGUAUACAAAGACAUUAUGCUCGUAUGAAUGUAGUUUCUUUUCAGUCUAGGCACUUUUCAGGGUGCGUGUUACCAGCACAGCUUGCUGCUUUUUUCCCUUUUCUUUCUUUCGUUUUCACCACAGUGCACUUGACGUGCAGUCCCUGCUCGCUGCUGCACGCGAUUGAUUUUUAUGGCGCUCGCUUGUUCAUACUUGCUCUGUGACGCCCCGACGGGCUUAUGAUGAUGAUGAUGAUGAAAUUGAUGAUGACAGUGCAGUGCAGUGUACAUAGAUGGCAUGCACAUAACUAUGCUGGUAGCAUUGUACGUGCAGCUGGAAUAAGUUAUUUUUGUAUAGCGGCUGGGCCGCUAUACAUUGUAGUACAGUCAUGCACUUUGUCAGUGUCUUGUUUUCUUCUAGUAACUUUCUACAUUAUGGUACGCAUCUUGUUGUUAUGUGAAAAUCAUAUGCGCCCGUGUACUAGUAUUUCUUCUACGCUGCAUACUUGGAUCGAUCUGCGGAUGAACACUUGACUAUGCCACAGUGCGUGUGUUUUGGGCACGGAUGCUUGCCUCCGUCCGCUGCGUCAAGGACAAGGUGCACUUGUUGGGCGCACAUUGAACUAUGUUGUAAUCCGUGCAGCCAAAAACAUGUCCAUUCUCCUAUUA